AGAAACCAGUGGCGAGGGAACUGGGCGACUUUCCUGAGGCCAGUGAAGACGGUGGCUCCCAUGUGGCACCCCUGCCCCUGCCCCCUCCCCACUGCCCGCAGUGCUCGCCUGCUGAGAGCACCCUCCCCGAGCACCCAGCCUCGCCCACACCUGCUGGCAGGUGGCCUCUCCCUGUGUUGUCUCCCUCAUCCCUGCGGGCGCCCCCCCCUUGGGGCUGUGUGAGUGGAGGUUGCUGGGGAGCAGGUGAGCAGCAGUCUCCUGGGGGCGGGGUGAUGAGGUGCAGGGAAGCCCCUGAGUGUGCGAAUACAGGCACUAAUUGGGGGAGACGCCCCCCUUGCCCACUGGACACUGAUCCUUGGGCAGGUCAUGGGGCUCCCUCUCCAGGCGAGCGGCUUAGACAGUGUUCGCUGGGUGGCAGGUGCUCAGGGCCCACCCGGCUGGAGUGGAGGGAAGGUGGGAUGCAGGUGGGUGUGCGGCAUGACAAGGUUGGGCUCCCAGCUGACCCGCCCCAACUCAACCAGCGAUUUCCCCCUUGACCACACUGUCCUGCUUCCCCCAACCCUUGUGCCCCCUCCCUGGUCUGUCCCUCAGCCACUCUGUCCCACUCCGACCUCAGUGGAGUCCAUUGUGUUUGGCCCCCACAGCUAGCUUCCUGCCCCCGUGUGGUCCCCUCAACCCCUGACAACCUCCCUAAGAGGACUGGAUGGGAGCCACAGAGGCCAGGUCGCUGGGGGUGCGGAGGGCCCUCCCCCAUUCCUGCCCCUCUGGCCAGCCGAAGUCCUGCUUUCUGGAAAGGCCACGGCUGCCCGGCCCAGGAUGGACUGGGCUCCUCCACCUGAUGGUGCCCACCCGAGGUGAUGACAGCUGAGAGUGCCAGGCCAGGGCCCUCGGGCACCAGGGUGCUGGGCAGGGAGCCAUCUUGGGGGAGGGGUUGCUGCUGCCUGGCAGGAGGACCGAGGUACCACGUGUCGUGCGUUCUGCGUGUUCAAGACGUUAAGUGGAGGCUGGGAGCCGAAAUGGUCACAUGUCCCCUGGGAAGAUGUGCUAUCUGAGUGGAAUGUGUCCCACUGGGCACCGUAAGCCCGCUCAGCACAGUUCAAAUAUUGACUCUGCAAAAUGCGCUUUAUUGUCUCAUCCGUGCUGGCCUUCCACCUGCCACCAGUGCCUCCGAAAACGACUGGCUUCAGCGUGUGUCCAAACACAGCAGAUGGCUGGUCUCAGCACGAAGAUCUCCCCUGGUCACGGGGACCCAGGCCUCCGGCACAGCCGCCAGCUUGGCUGGCAGUGCCAGGAACCAGCCUCACGGUGGCUCCCUGGCACCCAGCUCCAGAUCUAAACCCGAUGCCCAUGCGGAGAGUCCAGCUGGGAGUCAGUGCUUGGGGUUAGAGGGACUGGAGGUGUCUGAAGCCACAGGGAAGGUGACCAGGGUCUGCUAGAGAGGACAGGGUCUUGCGGGGGUGUUCAGGGUCAAGGGGGCCACUGCUGUGUGUCCAUUUGUGGGGGUAGCUGGCCCUCUGGCUGGCAGAGGGUGUUUGUGCGGCGGUCUCCAGGAGACUCCCUCUCAUGUCUGUCUGAGGUGGGCAGGCCUGUGCUCCGCUCUGGCAGGGUCCAGACCCAGCUGGCUCUGUCUAGCUCGCUGAUGACAACCCCCCACACCACAGCUUGGCGCCAACGCCCUGCUCUUCGUGGGCGUGAACAUGUAUGGGGUGUGCGCCAGGGUCCUGGCCCAGCGCUCCCAGCGGAGGGCCUUCCUGCAGGCGCGGACCUGCAUCGAGGACCGGCUGCGGCUGGAGGACGAGAACGAGAAGCAGGAGCGGCUGCUCAUGAGCCUUCUGCCCCGGAAUGUUGCCAUGGAGAUGAAGGAGGACUUUCUGAAGCCCCCUGAGAGGAUUUUCCACAAGAUUUACAUCCAGCGGCAUGACAACGUGAGCAUCCUCUUCGCGGACAUCGUGGGCUUCACGAGCUUGGCGUCGCAGUGCACGGCCCAGGAGCUGGUCAAGCUGCUCAAUGAGCUCUUCGGCAAGUUUGAUGAGCUGGCCACGGAGAACCACUGCCGGCGCAUCAAGAUCCUCGGGGACUGCUACUACUGCGUGUGCGGCCUGACCCAGCCCAAGAGCGACCACGCCCACUGCUGUGUGGAGAUGGGCCUGGACAUGAUUGACACCAUCACGUCCGUGGCUGAGGCCACUGAGGUGGACUUGAACAUGCGUGUGGGGCUGCACACAGGCCGGGUGCUCUGCGGUGUCCUGGGCCUGCGCAAGUGGCAGUACGACGUGUGGUCCAACGACGUGACCCUGGCCAAUGUCAUGGAGGCUGCAGGCCUGCCUGGGAAGGUGCACAUCACCGAGGCGACGCUGGCAUGCCUGAAUGGCGACUACGAGGUGGAGCCCGGCCACGGGCAGGAGAGGAACAGCUUCCUGAAAGCGCACAACAUUGAGACCUUCUUCAUCGUGCCCUCACACCGGCGCAAGAUAUUUCCAGGGCUGAUCCUCUCAGAUAUCAAGCCAGCGAAGAGGAUGAAGUUCAAGACCGUGUGCUACCUGCUGGUGCAGCUCAUGCAGUGCCGCAAGAUGUUCAAGGCGGAGAUCCCCUUCUCCAACGUCAUGACGUGCGAGGACGAUGACAAGCGUCGGGCCUUGAGAACAGCUUCGGAGAAGCUCCGGAACCGCUUGUCCUUCUGCACCAACGCUGUCCACGCUGCCCCGGGCACCCGGGUCAACAGGUACAUCGGCCGCCUCCUGGAAGCCCGCCAGACGGAGCUGGAGAUGGCGGACCUGGGCCUCUUCACGCUCAAGUAUAAGCAGGCUGAGCGGGAGCGGAAGUACCACCAGCUGCAGGACGAGUCCUUCACCAGUGCCGUGGUGCUCGCCCUUGUCCUGGCCGCCCUGUUUGGCCUCGUCUACCUUCUGAUAAUCCCGCAGAGUGUGGCUGUCCUGCUUCUGCUGGUGUUUUGCAUCUGCUUCCUGGUGGCCUGUGUCCUAUACCUGCACAUCACCCGGGUCCAGUGUUUCCCAGGCUGCCUGACCGUCCAGAUCCGCACUGCGCUGUGUGUGUGCAUCGUCGUCCUGGUCUACUCUGUGGCCCAGGGAUGCGUGGUGGGCUGCCUGCCCUGGGCUUGGAGCUCCAGUCCCAACGGGUCCCUGGUGGUCCUGUCGCCCAGAGGCCGGAACCCAGUGCUGCCCGCAUCGCCCUGCGAGGCGGCGCCCCAUGCUCUGCUCUGCGGCCUUGUGGGUGCGCUCCCGCUCACCACCUUCUUGCGGGUCCCAUCUCUGCCCAAACUGACCCUGCUGGCCGUGCUCAGCAUGUCCCAUGUCCUGGUGCUGGAGUUCAGCGGGCUCUCCAGGGCCGUGGGGGGUGAUGCCGGCUCCGCACGCAGCUUCGAGCCAAUUCUGGCGAUCCUGCUGUUCUCGUGCGCGCUGGCCCUGCAUGCCCGGCAGGUGGACGUCAAGCUGCGGCUGGACUACCUGUGGGCUGCGCAGGCGGAGGAGGAGAGGGAUGACAUGGAGCGAGUGAAGCUGGACAACAGAAGGAUCCUCUUCAACCUCCUGCCGGCCCACGUUGCCCAGCACUUCCUUAUGUCCAACCCCCGGAACAUGGACCUCUACUACCAGUCGUACUCCCAGGUGGGUGUCAUGUUCGCGUCCAUCCCCAACUUCAAUGACUUCUACAUCGAGCUGGACGGCAACAACAUGGGGGUGGAGUGUCUGCGGCUGCUCAACGAGAUCAUCGCUGACUUCGAUGAGCUCAUGGACAAGGACUUUUACCGGGACCUGGAGAAGAUCAAGACCAUUGGCAGCACCUACAUGGCUGCGGCAGGGCUGGCGCCUGCAGCCGGGGCCAAGGCUAAGAAGUCCAUCUCCUCCCACCUCAGCACGCUGGCGGACUUUGCCAUUGAGAUGUUUGGCGUCCUGGACGAGAUCAACCGCCAGUCCUACAAUGACUUUGUGCUCCGUGUGGGCAUUAACGUUGGCCCUGUGGUGGCCGGUGUGAUCGGGGCUCGCCGGCCGCAGUAUGACAUCUGGGGAAACACUGUGAAUGUGGCCAGUCGGAUGGACAGCACCGGUGUCCCCGGUAGGAUCCAGGUGACCGAGGAGGUGCAGCGGCUGCUCAGGCAGGGCGCCUACCAUUUCCUGUGCCGUGGCAAGGUCAGCGUCAAGGGCAAGGGCGAGAUGCUGACCUACUUCCUGGAAGGCAGGAUUGACACAAAUGGCUCUCACACCAGGUCCCUGAACUCUGAGCAGAAAAUGUGUCCUUAUGGGAGAGCCAGCUUCCAGACCAGACUGGCUUCGGGCCAACCCCCUGUGGCCCCCAUGGUCGGCCACCCAGUUGGAGGUGGGCUGGGGGCUGGGCAGGGCUUAGGGCUCGCUGCCCGGCCUCCUGACCCACCCCCACCCCCAGGAGCAGCUGGGAAAGAGGCUUAGUGGAGCCCUGCUGGCCGCUGGGGGCGCAGGGCCAAUGCCCAGGGCUUCCGUUACUUCAGAACCAGCCCGGCCAGCAGCCAGGCUAGGGAAGUGGCCAGCCCCACUGGCGCAGACAAGCAGACACGGGGCUACUCCAUCCUGUCCUCGUGGCGGGGGAGGGUGGGGCUGGCUGCCCAAGUUGGGCAGGUGAGUGCAGGGCUGCAGGCUCCCAGGAGAGCAGGCCUGCAGGAGCCCAGAGUGGCUGGGAAUGAGGCCUGGGACCAGACCCAGAGCUGCUGGGCCCUGGACGGACGGCUUGGGGAGACUGAGGAGCCUGGGCCCGGGCCCAGGGUGGAGGCUGCUGGCUCUCUUCAAGAGUCACUUUUUGCCAAGAACCAGAGGGCGGUCCCCUGCGGCCACAUCCCUGCCUUGUGACCAGUGCGUCCCGGUCAUGUGGGCUGUCUCCCAGCUCUGUCCUGCUCACCGUGCCGGUGGGUUGGCAUGGCCCCACUUUCCGAGUGGCCUCUUGGGCUCCUGCACGUGGACUGGGGUGCGCAGCCUCUCUGACUGUGUAAACAAGUGGAGCCCACAGCCUAAGGAGCUUCCUUGCCCGAAGGUGUUUCUAUGGUGGAACCAGCCCCGGGACGUGGUUUCAGUGUCUACAGCCAUAAAACUGGGUCCCCACCGUGGCCAGCAGGGGCAGCGACAUCUUCCAGGAAGUAGGUGGGUCUGUGGGUGUGGGACGAGGUCUCCUGCUCGGGGAGGCCGUGACCCCCCAACCCCACAGCACAGAUGGGGCCAGGCCGUGUAGGUAUGCAGCAGCACAGGGUGGGGACCACCUUUCUCUGGGCAAAGCUGGUGGGGGGACAGGACGUGGCCCCUGAGAUGGCAUGUGGCCUCCAGUGGGAGGGUGCUUUGCAGAGGGGGUUGAGGGUGCAGCCAUACAGUUCGGAGAGCCCCACUCUCCAAGGGGGCUCAUUCGACCUUGUGUCCCCUUAGAGGUUGGAGAGGUCAGCAGAGUUGUCAGGACAGGUCAAAGAUGAGUGGAUGCAGAGGGUGGGAGGUGAGGAUGCCCCAACCACUCUCAUCGGGGCAGCGGAGGUCACCCCCCAACCCAGUGAGUGGGGGCAGGGCACCCUAGUAAGCGCUGUACAAGGGACACAUCAGAAGUCCUAUGAGACUCUCAAGUGUCACCUCGCAGGGCAGGGCCCCAGGCCACAGACCACCCCUGAGUACUCUGGAGCUCGAGGUCCCCGGGAGCCACCCCUCAGCCAUCGGCAAGGCCACCUGCUUCCUGGGACACGGGGCCAGCAGCCACACCUGCGCUGGGGAGCGCAGGAAGCACCUCCUUCUCGUUCAUGAUAAGACUGUUGUGUUGCCUUAUUUAUUUUUAAUUUUGUACAAUAUCCAUGCACAAAUGUUAGGGCUUUGAGUGGGACCCUCCAACACUCAGCCACUCUGUAAAUAGUGCGCUGGGAGCUGGCGCCGCCCGCCCAUCCCCCCAGAAUGGAGGAGAGCCACCCAGUGCGUUUCCAGCACAUCGUGCCCCGCUUGGCAGUGCUCUGCCCUUUGGAGCACACCCUGCCCUCGUGUGACCCCCGCAUGCCCGUGCUCCCCCUCAGUAGAGCAGAACACAGCCCCGAACUUCCAAAUGCUUCCAGGGACUGUCGGCCCCAGGCUGGCCCCUCUACGACUUCUGUGCCGCAGACCCGGCUGGCUGCACCUGACCUGUCCACCAGCCCCAAAGCCACCAGGGCUGCCAGGCGCCUGGUGCCGCAGAAGCAAUAAUUGUAUCUAAAUGCAGAGACAAGUGAGGCCUGAGCAGACCACUGGUUCAGAGAUAGGCUGCGUGCGUGAUUCAGCCCGGGCGUAGGGUGCCAUGGGACGACACCCCCGCCUCCUGGCCGGCCCUGUGCACCCAGCUCAGGCAGCCCCUCUCUGGGGCUGGCUGUGUGCACCGGGAUUGGGACCCCCUGCCGAGUUGUCCUGGGGCUGUCGCUCUGGCCAGGACGCCAGUCUCCUGUGAUAAACAGGCUGCUGUGGGCCCUGGGCGUGGACAGCACCCGCCAGCCUCCUGACCCCACAUUCCCAUCCCCUCAUAGAGUACCAUGCUGUCCUCACGGCCACCUUGAAGCAGCCUCCUGCUUCUACUGCCACUCCGGCAGGACGGGUGGUCAGCCUGGACUUUGGGAUUUUCCCGGGACCCGUCUUGGUUUCAGCGUGCGCCCCCUCCUUCUGUACCGGGAGUUGCCGUGACCCCGAGGGACAGGUCCUGCCUGAGACACUCGAGUGUGGCUUGUGAAGCAGGUGCUGCCCAGGCGUGUGUCCUACUGAGCGGUGCCUGUCACAGGGACAGACACCACACCUGAGUGCAUCGCGGAGCAGAUGGGGGGACCACAAGGUCGCUUUGGCACUUUUGAUCCUGAAAAUGUGCAGACCUGCACGUUCUACGUCAGUGACCCCCAGAAAUGGACUUGCCCUGUUUUGUAAUGGUUUCCAUUAACAAACAAACAAACAAACAAACAAACAAACAAAC